GCCUGCGUGUCCCGGGGGCUGGCUGGGCUCUCACCGCCCAUCAAACAUCCGUACCCCGUCUUGCUACCCCAGCAGCCGUGCUGGAGAUGGGGAUUAAAGCUCCUGAGGGUGCUGGUGCAGGAGGGGGCGGCUUAAAAUACCCCCCUGAAACACAGCUGUCCUCUCUGAAAACUCAGAGUGAAAUCCUGCAGGUUUGCUGACCGGUCCCGUUGCAGAGGGGUUGGCACAUGUAGAAGAUGGAGUUGUCUUUUCUGUGGUGGGGGAGAAAAAAAAUAAUCGAUGUGAUGUCACGGUGCUGAGGUGUGAAAUGGCCAUGCGUGGGCUUGGGGGAUGUUUCUGUGGUGUGGGCAUGGGGCUGUACAGGGACAUUAAGUCUCUUGGGGACAGGAGGGUUCCUGCUGUGGUACCAUAAAAUGUCCUUUUUUUUAAAAAAAAAAAGCCUAAAUACUCAAAGCACAAAAGAUAAGCAGAGGUUGGGAUGAGGGAGACAGCAGACAGAGCCUGGCUGCUCCUCAGCUUGGGGGUUGGUGCUGUCCAGGUCUCCCCAUUUGAGUGGGUCCAUGAGGGACUGAGACACACAUCGGUCUGGGCUUUCUGAGAAGAAAGAAAAAUAUUAAGAUACUUAGUUCCCCAAGUUCCCCAUUCCAGAAGUAUUUUUCCUUUUUUUUUUUUUUUUUUUUUGAAUCCUAUCUUUUCAUUUCAAGAGCUGUUUGUGCUAGGCUGCUUCUCUCAGAUCUGAAACUUGAGACUGGAAAAUGGUAAAAAGCUUUUAGAAGGGGAGCAGAAGCAGGGGAAGGUGCUGGGCGGCCGCUCGGGGUCUUACACGCGGGUGCGAGGCCGCAGGGGCUCAAUGCUUGGAGCGAUUGGACUGACUGACUUUCCUAUCCGGGGCUCUUAAUAACCAGGAGCACCUUUUAACGGGGCUCCAGCCUGGAGAAAGGUCUUUAACGCGCUCAUGAAUCAUUUAUGGCAGCCGUUAGCGCGCAGCAGCAGCACGCUCUGCCUGAUGGGCUCUUGGGUGCGAGCGUCCGCGAUGGCUGUGGGGGUGUUUUGGGGGCUCCGCGGCAUCGCCAACCCCUUUCUUGCUCCCCUACAGAGAUGGAGAGGGAAGAGCAGGGGCUCAGGGUGAUGGGGGUGAUGGGUGCUCGGGUGCUCACGGGGGUCCCACUGCUGGCCCCGCGCCCUCGGGUGGCUCAGAGCUGCUUUCUCCUCCCACCUUAAUUGCACCAGCCUGAUGCACUUAUAUUCCAGCACCAGUAAUGUUGUCUCCCUUCACACCAACAGGCUCAGGGAGAGCGAUUCUGAGCCUCUAUGCGCUCGCUGUGCGCUGCAUACAUCCCCCUCCAACCAGGGCUGCUCUGCAGGGUUGUCUCCGGUGCCUCGUACGACGGUUGUGCUUGGUUGUCCCCAGCUCUGCUCUGCAGGCUGCCUCUCGGCCUUGCUGGCGGUCCCUUUGCAUUGCUCAGAGCAUCCCAGUGUGUCCCAUGGUGACACUUGGUACAAGCCACAUCACUUUUUCCAUCACCUUCUUCCUUGGGUGUGCUUUGUUGGGUCAGUGUCUGUCGUGAUUCACCUCAGGGCUGGGAGCCAGCCCUGGUCACCCUCCCUGUGCCUUGCCUGGCUGAAAAGUAAAACCUCAUCCCAGUUGCUCACCAGUGAUCCCAACACAUCUACCCUCUUGGGAGGGAAUGGGGGCUUUACCCACCUGCUGCUGGGGCAUGGGCCACUGCUGGAUGCCAGGUUUUGGUGAGCUUCAGUGGACAAGAGAGCUUUGAGAGGGAAAAUGGUGAUGGUGGGGGAUCUCUUCUUUGUAUUGGCCAGACCAGGUUACCCCCUCCACCCCCCCUGCCCAUUUAUUGCUCCCCCACGGGUGAUGGCAGCAUCCCCAGUGCAUUUUCUCUCUCCCUGGAGAGACACUGUGCUAUCCUAGGACCCCUCUUUCAGCUGGAAGCACAGCUCCUACCAAGCUCAGCAUGCACUCGUGGGUGCCAAGUCCCGUGUCCAUCACCCCCCCGCUGCUGUCACCACCUUGUCCCCACAGCAGGGUGUUGGUGCAGCUGCCAGCUCAGCGUGUCGCCUCUCACUUCCCUUUCCUGUCCCUAAGGCAGAGCCACCACAUCCACCCCGAGUGCCUGGGGACCGGGCUGAGGCUCUCCGGGGAGCCGGGCUGUGCCCUGAGCGUGAGUUUGCUGGGCAGAACACGGUGCUCCUGGUGGCAUAGCCCUCCGUCCCGGGGCUGGGAGGGUGAAGGGGACAAAGGGGACCUGAAGGGCCGGGCUCGUGGCAGGUUUGGUCUGGAUGGGGGUGCUGGCUGAUCCCUUCACCUGCUGAGCGCAUGGGGUGAGAGCGGUGCCAGUGCCGCCAGGGUCGGUGCCAGGGCCAAACAUGUGGGGAGCUGGAAAAUGCCUUCCCAGCACCGUCCCAGGGGGAUUUUUCCAGCUGGCACAGGGUAAAUCUUCUUAUAGCUCAGGAUCCGUGCUCGGGGGGUGGCUGCUGUCCCCAACCCAUGUGGCCAAGGGGACUUCAGCCCUCAGGAGCUGCUCCCCUCCUCCUCCCUCUCUCUCAAUGCCAAAUAUUGCAUUAAGGCACAGAGCCGUGAAAACUGCUCCGGCUGCGUGGCAUGACCGGGACGGCAGGUGCCCGCUGGGUUGUGCCAGCUCCCCCGGGAUCUUGGGGGAGGUCGGGUCCAUCCCUCCACCCACGCUGCGUGGGGAGCCCGUGGGGAGCGGGACCAGGCUUUUAAAUGUGCUGCAAACCUCCUUCGCCAGGAAGCACAGAGGUCCUUUUCAAGGGCUGCCUGGGGUGUGGUGAGAGCGUUAGGGAUGGGAUUUCAGGCCAGGGGUGUAGAAGCAGGGGCAUGCACCAUGUCCUCUUGCACUUCCGAACGAUGCAGUUCGGUUCCAAUUUCUGUGCUUCUGGCUGCUUCAGGCCCUGCCACUGAGAGCUGUUCCUCAGGGGUGAGGGAAGAUGAGGGUGCCUCAGGGCUCCCUCCGGCCCCGGUGCGUUCCCAUCCCCAGCCCUCCAGAGCAGCUGGCAUCUCGAGCUCAUUGCUGGCUGCCCUGGGAGGAAAACAAACAACAUCUCCAGCUCACCAGCGGGAUGGAAAGUUUUGCUUGCUGGGGCUGGACCGCCCGGCUGGCGUUCUCCCAGCUUAGCAGCUAUUAAAUACCUCAGCAAGGCACUCGCUUUCCGUGCCCGCUCUCUGUGGGUGUCUCGCUUCCUGAGAGCUUUGCCUGGCAGGAGCAGGUGAAAAAUCCUUGCCUGUCCUGUGUGGUUCCCCUGCCACGGAGCAAGGCUUUCUUCUCCCCGGGCAAGGCAGGAGGAGUUUGGCCGUGCUCCGGGGCUUCAGUGCGUGAAGGACGGAGGAGGAGGAAGAAGAGGAAGGCUGCUGCAGGUGUUUGCUAUCAAGACGUGCUGCACAGGAUCCCUGCCAUUCUUAUGAGCCUGCCAACCCCCACCAGCCCGAGAUGUCAGGCAACAAGAACGGGGGCAGCCACUCCAGCAGCAGCCGCCUGCAGAGCAAGAAGCCCCCCAACCUCUCCAUCAUCAUCCCCCCACGCGAGGCGGAGGAGGAUGGCGCCCGCAAGGAGCCCUCCAAAGUCCCCAUCUACCGCAAGAGCAAGAGCCUGCAGGAGCCCCGCUCGAAAGGAUGCGACAGCUCGGAGCGGCAGCCCGGCUUCCGCCGGCAAACUUCCCUGUCCCAGAGCAUCCGCAAGGGCACAGCGCAAUGGUUUGGCGUCAGUAGCGACUGGGAGGGCAAGCGGCAGCAAUGGCAACGCAAGAGCUUGCAGCACUGCAGCAUGAGAUACGGCAGGCUGAAGCCUGCCUAUCGCGACAUGGAGCUGCCCAGCCAGGAGGUGCCCUCCUUCCAAGGCACGGAGUCGCCCAAGCCCGCCAAGAUGCCCAAGAUCGUGGACCCGCUGGCCAGGGGCCGUCCCUUCCGCCAUCCCGAAGAGACCGACCGUCCCCACACACCCCACCACGUCCUGCCCCCGCUCACCCCCGGCGUCGUCUCCUUGGCGUCCUUCAACAGCAUCCGCUCCGGCUACGGCCGCCUGCCACGCAGGAAGAGGGAGUCCGUGGCCCACAUGAGCUUCAAGGCAGCCGCUGCCCUUCUCCGCGGACGCUCUGUCCUGGAGCCACUGACUGCCAAGCAGAGGAGCAAGAGGAGCUUCAUGUACCCCAGCUUCAUGGACGAGGACAUGGUGGAUGCUGUGGAUACCCUGGACUCAUCCUUCUUCAGUAAGAUGGAUAUGCACGAUGAGACAUACUCCAUGCCUGAUGAUGUCUUCGAGUCGCCGCCUCUGUCAGCCACGUAUUUACGCAUGCACCCGGCGGGGGAGGAUGCCAGGGUGUCCCCCGAGGUGGAGCAGCCCACCCCGCAGGAGGGUGUCCGGCUCACUUCGGCCCCCGCGGGCGCCGGCCCGGCUCCCCGGCGAGGCAGGCGCAUCGCUUCCAAAGUGAAGCACUUUGCCUUCGACCGCAAGAAACGCUACUACGGGCUGGGGGUGGUGGGGAAGUGGCUGAACAGGACGUACCGCCGCAGCCUGAGCAGCAUCGUGCAGUCGCAGCUGGAGAUCACCGACAGCCACCGGCCAUAUUUCACAUACUGGAUCACCUUUGUCCACAUCCUCAUCACCUUGCUGGUCAUCGGCACCUACGGCAUCGCCCCCAUCGGCUUCACCCAGCAUGUGACAACAGAGUUAGUGCUGAGGAACAAGGGUGUCUAUGAGAGCGUCAAGUACAUCCAGCAGGAAAACUUCUGGAUCGGGCCCAGUUCGAUCGACCUGAUCCACCUGGGAGCCAAGUUCUCCCCCUGCAUCCGGAAGGAUCGGCAGGUGGAGCGGCUCAUCCAGCGCGAGCGGGACCGGGAGCGUGGCUCCGGCUGCUGCGUCCAGAACGACAACUCGGGCUGCAUCCAGACCCUGCCGCAGGACUGUUCGGAGACACUGGCGACGUUCAUCAAGUGGCCGGGCACCAACGCGCCGACCAUGGGCUUGGGUGAGAAGAGGAUAUCGGGGGCCGUGUGUCACCAGGACCCCAGGACGUGUGAGGAGCCGGCGUCCAACCCACCCCACGUGUGGCCAGAUGACAUCACGAAAUGGCCAAUCUGCACCUACGAGACCCAAACCAACCACACAGGCUUCACCCACAUGGACUGCCAGAUCAAGGGCAGGCCCUGCUGCAUCGGCACCAAGGGCAGCUGCGAGAUCACGACGCGGGAGUACUGCGAGUUCAUGCACGGCUACUUCCACGAAGAGGCAACGCUCUGCUCGCAGGUGCACUGCCUGGACGAGGUCUGUGGCCUCCUGCCCUUCCUCAACCCGGAGAUCCCCGACCAGUUCUACCGCCUGUGGCUGUCCCUGUUCCUGCACGCUGGCAUCAUCCACUGCCUGGUGUCGGUGACUUUCCAGAUGACGGUGCUGAGGGACCUGGAGAAGCUGGCGGGCUGGCACCGCAUCUCCAUCAUUUUCAUCCUCAGCGGCAUCACGGGCAAUCUGGCCAGUGCCAUCUUCCUGCCGUACAGGGCGGAGGUGGGUCCUGCCGGGUCCCAGUUUGGCUUGCUGGCCUGCCUCUUUGUGGAGCUCUUCCAGAGCUGGCAAGUGCUGGAGAAACCCUGGAAAGCCUUCCUCAACCUCUUUGGCAUCGUCCUCUUCCUCUUCAUCUGCGGGCUCUUACCAUGGAUAGAUAACAUCGCUCACCUCUUCGGCUUCCUCAGCGGCCUUCUCCUCUCCUUCGCCUUCCUGCCCUACAUCACCUUCGGCACGGUGGACAAGUACCGCAAGCGAGCCAUGAUCAUCGUUUCCUUGCUGGUCUUCGUGGGGCUCUUCGCCUCGCUGGUGGUCUGGCUCUAUGUCUACCCCGUGAACUGGCGCUGGGUGGAAUAUCUCACCUGCCUGCCUUUCACCAGCAAGUUCUGCGAGAAGUACGAGCUGGAGCAGGUCCUGCACUGACCCCGCCGGCGGGGACGGGGCUGGGAGAGGCACCGGCGGUGAUGCUUCCCGUGGGGUGGGUCUUUACCGGCCCCCAGAAGACGGUGGCUCCUCUGGAAUGGGACAGACCCUGGGCACGGCUUCAUCCUUGGGGCUGGUGGGUUUGGGGUCACCCCUGUUAAAUGCUGGGGAUGCAGUGGGGAGCGGGGCUGGGGCCACCCUGCCUUGCUGCACCCCUUUGGGGCUGCCUCUUGGCACUGAAAAGCCAUAUCUGGUUUGGGGAUCGAUCCUGGCUGCUGCCUGCGUGGGGAAAGGGCCAAAGGAAGUGGGAUUUUAGUGCGUCCUCAGCCAGGCUGGGUUCCCAGCCCCUGGGCAAGGAGCCUCGAAAACACCCGGGAACAAAGCUACUGAGGUCUUCUGCCUGCACCCCUGCCUGCCCAGGGCCCCAUCGUGCCUCGGUGCCCUCGAGCACUGCAGCUCAUACUGUGAACACAACCCCCUUUUUUUGCAGGGGCACUUCUUCUUUUGCCUGCAGUUCUUUAGGCUGAGGGUUUCCCCACUUUGAGCUCCCCAGGGCCUCUGCCAUGACUCCAAGGUGUUCAGAGCUGAGCUUCAGAGGUGUUUCUCAGUCCAGCUCUCGCAUCUGAUGCUCCCCUGAGUCCAUGGAAGGAGGCUUGUGCUUCCCCACCUGGGCUCCUCACUGGAUGGAGAAGCAGGACUUGGCACUCGAGGGCUUCUUUUCCCCUUAUUUCAGUGAAAUUCCCUUUUCAGAAGCGGAGAAGUGGCGUGUACCGCAUUCGUAGUGCCAUGCUGGGAGGCAGGUGUGGAGAAAAACACCCUGAGGGGGCUUGUGUGGCUGCCCCAGAAGCUCACAGACCCCUCGGGAAGUGGUUGGUGCUCCCACCUUUCAUUUCUGCCUCAAGUCCCUGCUGUUACCCCUUUCUCUUUUCCAAAGCCUAGAGUCCCAGAUAACCCUCCCCACCUCAAACAGUGCUGGGCAGACGGAGAAGCGCAGGAUGGGGCAGACGCCUUCCCCUUUCCGUACCCAAGGCUGCACGGCCCCCUGCCCCCAGCCCUGGGCAGCUGCUCCCCAGCAUCUCCUCCUCCCUCCCGCCGGCCUCAGGCACAAAGGCAGGUCCUUCCCGGGGGCCGGGUGAUUCCUCUGGGCUGGUUUGGACACAGGCUGGUGCUGGGCUGUCUCUCCCCUGAUCUGUGUCGCUUUGGCACGGGUGGCUCUCGGUGCUGUUAAGUGGGGAAAAGUGUGAAUCCCCCAGCUGGGAUGAACUGGGAUGAGUAAUCAAGGGCUGGGAGCUUGGCUCCCUCUGUCCACAACCACUUUCCAGGUGACCCCAGGAGCUCUGUGGUACCUGCAUCCCUCCCUGUAUCCCUCCUUCCACCUCAGGCCAGUUUUCAGCCCCACUCUGUCCCUCUGGUGCUGCUCCAGCCAAAGACAGACACUUCACCUCAUUUGUCUCUUUUUGAUACUUUUUUUAAAAGCUGUGGGUUUUUUCCCCCCCUAAUAAAUUUCUACCUGUAUUUAAUGAGA